GAAGGAGGAAACAGAGACAGAGGAGGAAAGAAAGGGAGACGGAGCGAGAGAGACUGGAGGAGACGGAAGGGAGAGAGGCGUAGACAGAUAGGCAGACUACACAAGGAGUGUGGGUUGACUGGGAGACGCCACCCCAUCCCACCCUCUCUGCUGCGGUGAGGACCAUGGGGAGGUGGGCGGUGGGCAUCUGAGUGGCCCUAGGGGCAGACGGCUCUCCCUCACCCCCUACCUCCCACCCUUGGGGCCCCUCCAGUCCAGGCCGGCAGACAGAGGCUGGGAUGGCAGAAUCGUGCAGGAACCUUACUUAUGUGCGGGACUCGGUGGGCCCGGCCACCAGCACCCUGAUGUUUGUGGCCGGGGUGGUGGGCAACGGGCUGGCGCUGGGCAUCCUGGGGGUACGGCGGCGGUCACGCCCCUCGGCGUUUGCUGUGCUGGUCACUGGACUGGCGGUCACCGACCUGCUGGGCACGUGUUUCCUGAGCCCGGCUGUGUUCGUGGCCUACGCCCGCAACAGCUCGCUGCUGGGCCUGGCCUGGGGUCGCCCAGUGCUGUGUGACGCCUUCGCCUUCGCCAUGACCUUUUUCGGCCUGGCCUCCACGCUCAUCCUAUGCGCCAUGGCUGUGGAGCGCUGCCUGGCGCUCAGCCACCCCUACCUCUACGCCCAGCUGGAUGGGCCCCGCUGCGCACGCCUGGCGCUGCCCGCCAUCUACACCUUCUGCACCCUCUUCUGCUCGUUGCCCCUGGUGGGCCUGGGCCAACACCAGCAGUACUGCCCAGGCAGCUGGUGCUUCAUCCGUAUGCGCUCCACCCAGCUGGGCAGCUGCGCCUUUUCCCUGGCCUACGCCAGCCUCGUGGCCCUGCUGGUGGCCGCCAUCGUCCUCUGCAACGGCUCCGUCACCCUUAGCCUCUGCCGCAUGUACCGCCAGCAGAGGCGCCACCAGGGCUCGUUGGUCCCCAGCCCCCGGAAGGGUGAGGACGAAGUGGACCAUCUGAUUCUGCUGGCCCUCAUGACAGGCAUCAUGGCUGUGUGCUCCCUGCCUCUCACGAUCCGCGGCUUCACUCAGGCCAUCGCUCCAGACAGCAAUGAGAUGGGGGACCUCAUGGCCUUCCGUUUCAACGCCUUCAACCCUAUCCUGGACCCCUGGGUCUUCAUCCUUUUCCGCAAGGCCGUCUUCCAGCGCCUCAAGCUCUGGCUCUGCUGCCUCUGCCCCAGUCCUGCCCACAGCCACUCGCAGACACCCCUCUCCCAGCCUGCCUCAGGGAGGAAGGACCCAAGGGCCCCCGCCACUCUCGGGAGUAAGGAGGGGAACUGGGUGCCUUUGUCAGCCUGGGGCGAGGCUCAGGGGUCACCCUUGCCUCCAGCACAGCCAUCUGACAGCACCAUGGGAACGUCAUCCAAAGUGGGGUCCACGGCAGCCUGUUCCCUCUGCUGAUAACAUAGGCUGACCCGUGAUCUCCUGCCCUGACUUCCGGGGGCAGAAGCUAGACAAUCGGGCAUGGGUGAUGGCUGCAGGUGGAUGAGCAAAGAGAUGGAUCCUGGAGCCCUGGCCUGCCAGAACCCUUGACCCCCUGAAUUCAGGGGGUGAUCAGCUGCUAUUUCUUCUUCUUCAGGGUGGC